AUGUUAGAAGAUGGUUCCAUAGUUGUCCACUGGUAUGGUCCUGACGACUCUGCAAAUCCACAGAAUUGGACGACUGGUCAGAAACUGGUGCCGACGCUGAUCAUCGAUGCUUACACCUUCGCGGUCUACCUUGGCUCCUCGAUCAUCACUGGGAGUUACACCGGCAUAAUGCGUCAGUUCGACGUUUCUCAAUAA